GAUAUUGAUAAUGGUAACGCAGGCCUAUAAUAUAAUUUCACUAAGAAAUUGGGUAUUUAUUUGUCCCUCUCAACCAACGAAGUAACUAACAUACUUUAGCUUCUUGUACGCGUAUCAUUACGAACGUGGGAUUUUGGCAGACAAAGCCUUGUGAUUGGAAGAUUAAUCAAAACAAAAUAGUAUAUAUACCUUGGAAGCUGAAUGAACGGAGUGAGAAAUUAUAUCUCAACCAAAAGGGUAUUAGCGUAAUUUCAAUUACUCGUCCAAGAUGAGAUGAUAACAUCCUCCUCCCACUUGAAAACCAACACCGACACUGCCAUUCUCUCUGUUGCCGCCGGUCGCAAAACCGGCCGCAAGGGAAGACUCUCCUCGCUUAUGGCCACCGCCUCCAAUAACUCUACUCCCGCUGUUGUCUUCACCGCUCUCGCCGGCGUUGCUAUUGUUGCUGUCAUUUUCUACGGUGCCAGCAGGAAAAAAAAACACGCCCUUUCACCUCUGCAAUGGAAAAACUUGUUUACAGAAGAUGGUAGACUCCAUGAUGGUGGAAUUAAGUUCCUGAAAAGAGUGCGCAAUGGAGGUGUUGAUCCUAGAAUAAGGGCUGAAGUGUGGCCAUUCCUACUUGGAGUGUAUGACUUUAACAGCACCAAAGAUGAAAGAGAUGCUGUAAGAACCCAAAAUAGAAAGCAAUAUGAAAGACUCCGCAGACAAUGCAGGAAAUUCAUCAAACGAAGCAAUAAAAGCAGGGAGUUAAAUGAUAUAGGUGAAAUCAGCUUUGAAGGAGGUGAUGGAAGUCUUGUUCGAGAUUCUAGUUCUUCUAGUUCUGAUGAUGCUGCCAGCGCCAGGGAAUUCCUUUCUAGUCAAGACAGGACUCCAGAAGCUGAACAUUCAGAUUAUCCAUCCAUUGCCCCAUUGGAAGAUGAUUAUGAUUAUGUUAAUGUCAACAAUGCUGAUGUAUCUACACUGGAUACGGAUGUCGUCGAAGGCCCUGAAGUAAUUCAAACAGUUCCUUCUGACGUUCAGGAAGAUAACAAUCCCAUGAAAACUACCGAGGAAGUUUCUUCUCCCUUCCAAGAAAAAGUUCCAUCAAAGCUACCAGCUACUGAAGACUUCUCCACCUGGCAACGGAUUAUCCGACUCGAUGCACUGCGUGCCAAUGCAGAAUGGAUGGCACACUACCCCUCUCAAGCUGCCACAUCAGACAUUAUGGCACGUCGUACUGCUGAGGCUGUUGGCUUGGAAGAUUAUGGUCACCUAGAGGCUGGCAGAAUCUUCCAUGCUGCUCGACUAGUUGCUAUUCUUGAAGCAUAUGCGCUAUAUGACAUUGAAAUUGGCUACUGCCAGGGUAUGAGUGACCUACUAUCUCCUAUAGUUAGUAUUAUAUCAGAUGAUCACGAGGCUUUCUGGUGUUUUGUUGGAUUCAUGAAAAAGGCACGGCAAAAUUUUAGGCUUGAUGAGGUGGGUAUAAGGAGGCAACUAGAUUUAGUUGCAAAAAUAAUCAAGUAUAAGGAUGCCCAUCUAUUUAGGCAUUUGGAGAAGCUUCAGGCUGAAGAUUGCUUUUUUGUGUAUCGGAUGGUGGUGGUAUUGUUUCGAAGGGAAUUGACAUUUGAGCAAACUCUUUGCCUUUGGGAAGUAAUGUGGGCAGAUCAAGCUGCAAUCAGAGCAGGUAUCGGGAUUUCUGCAUGGAGUAAAGUUAGGCAGCGUGCACCGCCAACAGAUGAUCUGUUGCUCUACGCAAUUGCAGCUUCGGUAUUACAGAGGAGGAAAUUGAUCAUUGAAAAGUAUAGCAGCAUGGAUGAGAUCAUAAGGGAAUGCAAUAACAUGUCAGGACAGCUUGAUGUUUUGAAAUUGCUAGAUGAUGCACAUAACUUAGUGGUCACCCUUCGCGACAAAAUAGAAACAUCAUUAUGAUCAAUGCAUUAAACAAAUCUAGUUCAUACUUUUUAGUGUACAAAAAUUCUUAUAUUUCAGAGUAGCAGAUUCUCCUCUGCAUUUAAAAUAAGCACCGGAGUUGCGCUGCACUGGUUAUUGCUCAUUUUUCUAGCACCCUCUUUUUCUUUUUUUGCAUCUUGAUAUCAGACACAAAUCUCACUUCUCUGAACUCGCUGGAGCAUGUAACUUUAACUUUUACCAUAUUAGCAUAUGUUUCUCCUGCAUGCUUUUACCAUUCA